CAUUUCGUCUUUCUGUUGUUGCUGUUGAAAGUUUGAUCCUUUCAUCUUCUCAUCGCAGGUUGAAAACAAAAACAGAAGCACGAGGAUUCACGAGGAUGGCGAACACCGGCAAUGCCGACGACGAUCAAGAGGAAAUGAAUGUGACGGCAGUUUCGACAACGCCAAAACUCACCAAGAAAGAGAAAAAGGCGCUCUUGGCAAGCAACAAAAGUUUUGAGAAGAGCUUGAAGAAUGUGAUUACAAAUCCUUAUCCUGUUCAUUGGCCUCUCAUUGACGAAACCACGGAACUCUUUUCAAGUUUGGAAGCGCUCCUUGGGGAGUGCAAGCUGCCCCAAAUAAAACUGCCUCUGUCAGCAAUCAAAGGCAAAAACAAGCUGGAACGGAGAAAAGCGCGGCAAGAGGCUGCAGCGGAAUACAAUGUCGAGGAAGCCCAUAGCCGAAGGUCAAUGCUGGCCAUUGGAGUGAACGCUGUGUCAAAAGCUUUGGAGCGGCAAGACGUGGAGGCCGUUAUUGUCUCUGCAGACGUGGAGCCACGUCUCAUGGCCCAGCACCUCAUUCAACUCGCUGUCCAGCAAGCGGCUGUCAUUGUAGCCCCUGGAUUUAGGCAACUGGUCAAAUCUACCAUGGGGAUGGAAUCUGCUGCAGUUGCAUUCAAAAGUUGCACAAAGAAUGAGGAGAACCUUUUUCAUCCAGCAGUACAGAUCAUUAAAAACCUAGCCAAGCAAGUGCCCAAACCAGCCAGCUAUCCAGACUUGAUAUCUUCUCAAAAGGAAGAGGAGGAAGUGCCAAUAGUGGAUCCAGAUGAAGAGGAACUUCAAAAGUGGCAGAAUCAGGAGGUAAGAAAUUGGCAUCUUCUUCGUCUUGCGUCGGGAAAGAAAGCGUUUUAUCCGCCCGAAGACGGUGAAAAGACGAAAAUGGAGGAUGCCGGCGAGUUUAUUCCUCUCGGACAAGACAGUGACGAUAUUGCAGUCGUUAGUGAAUAUUUGCCUUUACGCGUCAAACGAGUUCAGCCGAACAAAGAAAAGAUGGCGAGGAAGAAAGCAAGAAAGGCAGCAAAUGUAAAAUGAUCCUAAAUAAAUUUUGAGCUGCUUCUAAAUUCACGUCUGUAGUCUGAAAGUUUCGUAAUAGAAAUACCGAGAAAUACAUAUUUAUAAAUCAGUUUUAAUUUCUGGGAUUAAAUUUAAGUGAUUACAGAUUUGGAAAAAUUGAAACGAGGAAAGUA